AUGGAUCCAAUUGUGGAAGUAGUGGCGUUGAUUUUGGGGUUCAUUGGUUGGGUGAUGGUUGGGAUCACGCUGCCCAACCGGUACUGGAGGACCUCCACCGUGGACGGGAACGUCAUCACCACCUCCACCAUCUACGAGAACCUGUGGAUGUCAUGUGCCAGCGAUUCAACCGGGGUCCACAACUGCAGGGAGUUCCCCUCGCUGCUCGCUUUGAAUGGUUACAUCCAAGCGUCCCGUGCGUUGAUGAUCACAUCCAUAGUGUGUGGCACCUUUGGACUGUUGCUAGCCCUGAUAGGAGUGCAGUGCUCCAAGGCUGGGGGGGAAAACUAUGUUCUCAAAGGGAGGCUUGCUGGCACCGCUGGAGUCCUUUUCAUAUUUCAAGGUCUGUGCACGUUGAUCGCAGUGUCCUGGUAUGCCUUCAACAUCACACAGGAGUUCUUUAACCCUCUGCACGCCGGGACAAAGUAUGAAAUAGGAGAAGGACUCUACAUGGGAUGGUGCUCCGCCGUGCUCGCCAUCGCCGGAGGAGCCUGUCUCACUUGCUCCUGCCAAAUGGGCACAGAGGAAAAAUACCCGUUGCCCUAUCAAAGCAAGGGAACGGUAUACUCUGGACCAGCACCAACCAGGAGUGUGGCUGCUAGUACUUACGGACGAAAUGCUUACGUUUGAGCAGGAUAUGGACACUGAACUGUAUAUAAUCACAAUUUAAAGAGUGUAUUCUGUAAAAAUGACUGCGUUGAAAUGAUUGCAUUUGAGUUGUAAAAAGGCUAAACUUCCUAUCA